AUGCUGUGGAAAUGCGGCGACCUCGAGAGUCUAGACUAUGACCUGUUCGAGAGUGUGGUGAAUAAAUCGGGCAUGGGCUACAAGUACCGCAAUGGUCAGGAGAAGAACCGACCCAUCUACGCGCGUUGGUUCCUCACACUCGUCACCGGUGUCAUUACGGCGCUAGUGGCGGUAUUCAUGCUUUACUUCACCACGCUGCUAAUGUCACUGAAGCAGCACCUACUCGAGUAUACCAUUCACCACGAGCUGGCCAAGCACGUGCUCUUCGGCACCACGUUCUGGACCAUCGUGGCAUUCAACCUCGCACUUGUAGCAAUUGCUGCGACUGUCACGUCGUUUGGAGAACCGGUAGCUGCUGGGUCAGGUCAAGACGACACUUAA